AUGAUCGCAUCGCCCACCUCGUCACCGUCAUCCAUGCCUUGCUCUUCUUCACCAGACUCUCACACAAUCUCCUACUCCUCACAAAACAACACCACCGACAACAUGGUCCGCUCAUCAUCAGCCGAGCCCGCAAAGAGCUCUAAGCGAAAGGGCACACGAAGCGUCUCUACCCUCACACCUUCACAACUCGCGCGCAAGAGAGCCAACGACCGAGAGGCUCAAAGAGCUAUCCGGGCGCGAACCAAGGAGCACAUUGACCGCCUGGAGCGCGAGCUGGAGGACCUCAAGAGCAAGCAGAGCCGUGAUCAGACAGUCCAGGAGCUUCUGCGACGGAACCAGGCGCUCGAGGAGGAGCUCAUGCGACUCAAGGAGAACAUGGGCGUCUCAAUGACCUCGUCGCCUUACUCUGCACCUGGUACGGCUCUCUCAGUCUCCAUCCCGACGUCCUCGUCACCGCACAACAGCAUUCUGACCAGCCCCUCAGUAUACGAUGAUAACCUCAGCACAGGCAGCGGUGCCAUCCCCAGCCCUCGCGGCUCCCCCUUCCCUUCUGGCGACUACAGCCCCAUCCCCGACUAUGGACAGCAAUAUGUCCCCCUCCCUAACAACUGCGAGUCAUGGGCCAGCACAGUCCCCUGCCCCGUCCCCUCCAACGUCUCAAGCCCUUCCUCAUCUGCCGACGACUACAGCGCCGGCUACAUUCCCACAAGCGUGCCUACUUCGCUGAUGCCCUCAAACAACACAAGCUCCUCCAGCAUCAGCGUGGGCCACGCUCACAAGGAUGUGAUCAAGAUGGAGUAUGAAGAUGUUGACUCUCACGUGUCUAGACGCCGGAUUCCGUCUCAGCAACCCCUCGCUUCAUCCCGUGUCCCAUACUUACAUGGCUCAACAGCAGCAGCCCGCUUGGAACAUGUAUCCCGUCUACUACCCCCAGGCUCAGUCCUCGGUCCAUUGAAGGGCCAAAUCCAACCGGGCUCAUCCUGGCCGGGAUCUGGGCCCGUUCUCACCACUCCGCCGGCCUGUCGCUUCGAUGAGCUCUUAGUCGGCUUCCUCCAGGACUGCCGUCGCAUGAUCACCACAGAGUCUCUAGCUCACACUCUGGGUCCUCCUCAGAUAGACGUGCGCUCACUGUUUCGCGGCCAUGAUAGCCACGGUCAGAUCGCCUGCUCACCUCAUCCCAUCACCGACCUCAUCCGCAGCCUCAUCGACACAGCAGGAAUGGCACGACUGACUGAGCGCAUCGCCAUCUUUGCGCCUCUGCAAACCAUGAUCUGUUGGCUUGCGCAACCUACUCCAGAGAGACGCGUGCGACUGUGCGAAGACUACGUGCCGCGAGAGCGCCAACUGACAACUCCGCACCCUCAAUGGCUCGAUCUGCUCCUUUGGAGCAGUCUGCGCGAGGCCGCCAUCGAGCGGCAGGACCUCUACGCUACAGACGAGUUUCAAAGGGUCUACUUCGACGCGCUGCGGCUUGUCAAUUGGCCUUAUCAGCCGCUAGACGGCCUAGUCACAGAUCCGCAGACGGGCCACGUUGGGCUCACGGAUGCCCUCAUGGCCCAUGCCAUGAACGGUUCCAACUGGCGUCUGGCUGAGACCUUUGCCCAAAGAUACCCCGAGCUUUGCGGGCUAGUGGCUCUAGAGUAG